UGGGCAUGACCGAUGUGUUGGUGUUGAGGCACUGCUGAAUAGAAUGACACGUGAGGCACUGCUGAGUGUUGCUGUGCUUUUUCGUGCGAACGCUGGCAACGCGUUUCGCAAUGCAACCACCAUUUUUGUUUGGUGUUUUUUUUGAAUCCCAGAUGUCGGUCGGUGAUGCGCUGAACGUGUGAGAUCGAUGUUUCUUCAAAGGACAAGAGCUCGGAUUUUGGUUCAAGAGCAAGAAACUCGUUGGCAGUCCGCCUGCCAGGUUUUUUGCCACCAUGCAUUGUAAUGUAACAGAGCAGAAUGUUUCUCUGUAUGUUACUUCGCCCUUCAUCGUCCACGAAGUGAUCCACCAACGGUGCUUGCUUCGUCUCGGUGAUGAACAUGCAGCAAGCUACAACCGUGCUAUCCAGGCUGAGUUGCUGCAAUCUAAGGUCAUCAAUGGUGCAUCAAGAAUCAUGAACAUGAAGGAUGAGCAGAUCAGGGAUGAGCCUGUCGACCGCAUGCGCUCUGCAAUCAAAUCGUCGCAAUAUGACUUGAUUGUGCACCCUGUGGCAUCUUUCAGUGACGCUGGUGCCGAGUACCAGGCCCAGUGGGAUGCACUGCACCUCAACCAAGGUCAGUACAUGGUAAAAGUUAUCACGGGAAGCAAGGCUCUUCGCCCUCAUCUGCUCACAAAGGCGAUCUUCUGCCGCUACGUGCUGUCUCGGAUGUUGGGGCAGGAUGGCAGCUCCAAGCUCGGCAACUCAGUCGUCAUCGUUCUGGGAGACGGCACCGAGAUCUCCUUCGACCACAGUGAGCAAGUGAUCAAAACACAGUGUGAUGGUCUCGUGCAGCUAAUGAAGAGUGGGCAGGUGCCAAAGCCGACGGCACAAGACCUGAGAUUGCACCCAACAUUCGCAGAGGUGGCUUUUAGGCAUCUUCUCAAAGAGCACAGCCUUGAAUUGAUUCCUCUGAAGCCUGGCCAGAAGAGGGCCCUUUGCAAACGAGGAAUCGACUCUUUGACCUCUCUACGACGUGCCACCUUUGACCAAGUGAAAGACUUCAUGUCAGAACAGGUCUUUCUCAAAGUGCGCCGACAUGCAAAGCUCCUUGCUGAUGAGACCAAGGACUUUUGUAUGGCUUCGGUCGACCAGCCUUUGCUCCUUGCGCCCGCAGCGUUUAUUGUGGUGGACUUGGUGGAGGGGACAGAGCCGUUGCUGAAUUCCUUUGUGGUGAGAAGUUCCGAGUGUGGCGUCUUUCAUACUGGCCAAAUGCAAGAGUUCGUGCAGAAGAUUGCGAGCCAUCAGGUCUACUUCUUUGGCGCAGAGGUCUGGGACAAGGUGCUGCUGUCGUGUCUGGCCCUCGGGCGAGCAGACCUGGCUGGGCGAGUGCUGCAGGAGGUCUACGAGGGGAAAUGGGUCGACUUGAAGGUGAGGCUGGACGACAUCGUCUGCAACAAGACUGGAGACAGCUUCGAGGACUACUAUGUGGCCCUGCUGGGGAAGGAUUCUUGUGGCGACCUGAGGAGCUUCCAGACAUUGCCUCAGCUCCUAGAAGUCUCGCGGAGCUCAGUGCUUCCUCAACGGCAACGGCGCGAGGCGGAGGAGAGGUUUCGGACCUUGGUGAGUGGGAAGACACACGCAUUACAACAGCUUGGGCAGUGGAUUCAAAGAAAUGUGCCAUCCCAAUACAUGGUGAAGCGGAGUGCAUUUGUACAAGAUUUGCUAGUGCUUUGCACACGAUUCCUGGGUAUGGCAAGGAAUCCAGGUUGGCCGGAAGAGGUUUGGAAUGUGGCGAAGAAGUGGCCAGACUUCUACAAGCAGGAGCUCUUUUGGCGCCUUGUGGACACGAUCGAGCUCUUCAAUGCAUCGGAAGAUGAGUGGACAGAGCAUGUGCUUUGCUUGUCGAGGCUGAAGCGAGCCCAGCUCAACCCUAGGACAGCUACUGAGAGGAUGAAUGGCCGAUUCUUGACGCGAUCCUUGCGUUUAGAAUAUGACUGGAACGUAACUCAAGAGACGACCAUCAAAGAGAAAGAUGAGGUUUUUGUACGCGAGGAUGCAACCCUGCGUGGUAAAGUGGAGAAGAUUGACAAUUCGGGUGCUGGACGUUUGUCAAAGGUCACUCUUCUCUUUGACACAAGCUUCGGCAAGAAUCCGAAUCUUGACAAUCUUCUCGGUCCAUCAUUGGAACGCAUCUCAAUCAUGCAAGCCCAGUUUGCCAUGGUCGGUGGGGAGAACAUCAUGACCAAAGCAGUAGAGCAGCGCUUAGCCUCAAUUAUUGCGACGCCUUGGAUGAUGUUGAAGCAGAGCUUCCGGAACUUUCUGCAGAGGAAACCAGUGAGCCAAACGCCUGUAGAGGAGUGCAGGGCUAAGGACACUGUGUGCAACCUGACGGAGGACUACCUGAUUAUCCAGGGACCGCCAGGCACUGGCAAGACGUAUACCUCUGCAAAGAUCAUCCAGCGGUUGCUGCAGCAGCUUCCAUCACGAGUAAUUGUCUCUUCCAACAGUCAUCGGGCCAUCAGGAACUUGCUCAGCACCAUCAGUAGCUUCAAUGUGCCAGUGGCAAAGGUCUUGGGCAACGAUGAGACCCAUGCAGAGCUCCGAGCCGAGGGCAUCGAUGCGGUGGAGAACGCGCGGGGAAUUUGCUUUCCUUCACACUGCCGGGUGCUAGGGGGUACGGCCUCACAACUGAUGAAGCUUGCGGGAGACUCGGACUAUCUCUUUGUGGACGAGGCCGGACAGGUUACGCUCGAGCUCUUGGCAGUGUUAGGGCAAUUGGCGCGGAAUUUGGUUUUGGUAGGAGAUCAGCAACAGCUUCCACCUCCCGUUGGACCAAAGUUGUUGUUGACCAAGGGCGGCGGUGUCAGCUGCUUGGACUACUUUUCUCAAGGAGAUGCUGUCAUCAACAGCAGCUGUGGGAUCUUCUUGCCCACCACUUAUCGCAUGAGUGAUCGCUUGACUCAGGUCAUAAGCAGCAACUUCUAUGACAAGGGUCUCAGCGCGUUCCAUCGCAACGCAGGGAAUCGAUUGAUCCUCUCCCCCGGCCUCUUGCAAGUAGACACUGGCGCCGAAUUCAUCUCUGUGCCGCAUGAGGGCAAUCUACAAUCUUCCGAGAUGUUGGGCAGUGGCGGGAAGGGAAGUAAUCCAGAAUCUGAGCAAGUUUUCGUAAGAGUAGGUCGGUGCAUUGGCAAAGUCUUGAACAAGGACAUUGGUUGGUCAACUGUUGAUCCGUCCUUCGGUCCUUCAGAGCUUGAAAGCGCCGAAGAUGCAGGAAGAGGCUGAAGCAGUUCAUGGAAUCGUGGAACAAUUGCUGCAGUCCCAAGUCAUCCUGGAUGACAAUGCUCCACGAGCCUUGCAGGGCUCUGACAUCAUCAUUGUUUGCCCAUACAAUGCGCAGGUGGUGAUGAUCAGGUCCACGUUGGCUCGCAGCCGUGUUCCGCAGAUGAACCAAAUACGCGUGGGCUCCGUUGAUUUGUUCCAAGGGCAGCAGGCUGCAGUCUCCAUCAUUUCCUUGGGAGCCAGCUCGGGUGCAGGUGGUCGGAUGUGUUUUGUGCUAGAUCCAAAGAGGACUAAUGUAGCGCUUUCCCGUGCUCGAGCUGUGGCAGUGAUGCUGGGCAGUCCAGUCUUGGGAAACUGUCGCGUGGAGACCGUGGAGGAGGUAGAAAUCCAGAACCGCUACGUGAGGUGGAUGAACGAAGGCUUUGCGUGAGAAUGUUCUGCGGAACUCAUGCAAGAUGCUGCAAAGUCCUGGAGAUGAUGGCCA